GAAAAAGAAUGUUCUAUUCUGGUAGUUUUGGAAACACUGAUUGGAAAGAAUAUAUUAAAAUUGAUGACACUUGAAAUAUACACACGAUUUCUUGAAACCUUACCAAAAAAACUUUACAACUGGGCACUCUACAAAUGUCUUGACUGUAAUGCAAUAUCUUCAAAUUUAAGGAUAAUUGGUCCAUGCUGGCAAACGAAUAAUUGGUUCGACGAAAAUCAUUACCUACCUCAGAUGCCACAUAAAUUUGAAAUAAUUGAGAAUGUCGAUGUUUUUUUAAAUUCAAAAGUCUCAUUGAAUAUGUUGGGAAGAGCAUAUUCUCAACGAAAUAAUUUAAAAUCUAAACAUUUACACAAUUUUUUGCAAGGCAUUUUGGGAUUUCCUUAUUUUGUUAAACAUUGCGAGAUGUACGUGUGCAUUCAAUGCGGAAGCCUUUCAAUAAUGAAACAAGGUAGUUUAUGCAGGUCACCUUACCAUAAACACGUAUUUAAUAGAAUAAUUGAUGUAUUUCCCUUUUAUGAUGAACCCAUUAAUUUAUUUGAAUUUCAGAAUAUACUUCGAACAGCUUUAGAUAUUACUUACCCUGAUAAACCUGUCUAUAGAACCAGUAAAAUAAAUGGAAAUUAA